ACCAGCUGCUGAGUUCAGGUAGCAAGGCCCAGCUCAAAGCAAAGGGCAGUGCAGUGGGUGGGAUUGAGGGUUGGACUUGGAAUGCAGGUAGCUGUUGUACGCUUUAUAAGCUGCGCGACGCUUGCAGUUGAGCAACAGUAGCAAAGCGAAGAGCAAAGCGUUAACAUGGCCAGCACCACCACCUACACCUGCAAGCAAUACAUUGAUCUGGCUAGUGCGGCUAGCUUGGAGCCUGGACACAUGAGCACAAGCUAUGAACUGGAUGCAGCGCGCUUUAGUCAGCACGAUUUGGGUUUAUUUAUGGAAAGUUUGGAAACCAUUGCGCGCAUUGAGCGCGAGCGUCAUGAGCGACAGCAGCAGCGACGUGAGCGCAAGUUGCAGCAGCAGCGCAUGGCGGAGCUGCAGGACGAGCGUUGUGUGAGUCCCACGCCAAGUGUGGAAGAUGCAGUAGAUGAGCCGCUUAUGUAUUUGGAAGCCAAGUGCAUACCCUACGCUGUAAGCGAAUCGCUGCCCAUCAAGCAGCAGAGCAGCAACUCCAGCUCACCCACCUACGAUACCUGCGAUGAUGAAGCCUAUGGCAGCUCGGCGCACUCACCACGCAGCAGCGUCACCUACUGCAGCUGCACUGGAUUGGAAUCUGAGUCCGACUCCGCUGAGUCUGGCAUUUAUGGCGGCUCUUCAAUGCGUCCACGCUCUGAGGUCUUAAGCAAACCCAAGCAGCGCUCCACACGCUCACGCAUUAUCAACAUGGUGCUCAAACGUGAGUACGGACGCGCGCCUGCUACGCCGCCACCCGCCACCAGCACCUUGAAGCAUCCAUAUCAUUAUCAAUAUGAGCAUCUUACUUCCAAAUCCCGACGCGGCAUUGCCAUCGAUGCGGACUCACCCGAGGAGCGCUUCUUCGACAAAGCGCUGCGCUACUUAACAUUGUAAUAACAACGCUUAGCAUAAGCAUA